AUGUCUUUGUGGAGCACCUACCGCGGACUGACCCCGAAAACCCGGGCCCUCUUCGGCGUCGGCGUGAUGGCCUGGGCGACCAUCGGACUAUGGACUACCCCUCAGGUUGAGAGUGCACUGGGCAUGCAGUCGACCAAAGAGGAGCAGGAGGCUCUGGAUCGGCAACUUGCCGUUCGGGUCUCCCGGGUUGGGGAUGAGAAGGGGGAUGGGCUAAACUGA